CGAGGACGUCUUUCUCCCUAAGCAGACGUGGAAAUACACCUGCUUCCUCAAAGCACGACAUCCGGUAAGUCUACGCCUGGAUCCUUUCCACGAAGAAUGUACGGAUUCGACCACGCGUAUUCGCCAGUGUCGAAACUCGCGCCGCUUUCCAGGUUAUCUUCGAACGUUCGUUGCGCUCGUUUCUAUCGGGCUUCCACCGCGCAUCGACUUGGACCUGACCGGCGCAGUGCGAGAGGGCUACGCGCGCGCCAACCCUCGACGAUAACUGCAGCUGCAGUUAGCUUCGAUGACAUUCCUCGAUCUGGUCUAAAUGGUAAGGCGCUGAUGUUCCCUCCGAAGAAAGAUUUUCCGACCCGCGCAGAGGUACUUUCAUCCAUACCUGAGGAUUGCUUUAAGAAAGACACUGGAAAGUCCAUGUUCUAUGCUGCUAUUUCUACUUUGAUGACGUUUGGUUGUGGUGUGCUCGGGUACCUGUACAUUCCUUUAAGCUUGAACUUUUGGCCAGUAUGGCUGGCAUACGCUGCUGUCACCGGCACCAUUGCCACUGGCUGCUGGGUGGUCGCACACGAAUGUGGGCACAAUGCAUUUUCUGACAAUCGUUUCAUUCAAGAUCUUGUUGGUUACACACUUCAUUCUCUUCUCCUGGUUCCGUAUUUCAGCUGGCAACGAUCUCACGCAGUUCACCACUCUCGAACAAACCAUCUAACAGAGGGUGAAACACACGUGCCUUACAUUAAGGGUGAGCGUAAGGGUACACUAAAUCUGAAUCUUCAUGACAGCAUAGGGGAGGGCCCAUUCGCGUUUGUGCAGCUUUUUGCUCAUCUCAUUUUCGGUUGGCCAGCUUAUCUCCUCACUGGGGCGACAGGUGGCUCUGCGCGAGGUAUCACGAACCAUUUCUUACCCAUGAUCAACUCUGGUCCCGUCGAGCUAUUCCCGGGCAGCUGGAAGAAUAAAGUUUGGUGGUCGGAUGUAGGCGUUGCCGGUGUAUGUGUGGUCCUUGCCUCGUUGCUCUCUCAAGUUGGUCUUUCAACUGUUGCUGCCCUUUACUUCGGUCCCUAUAUGUUUGUCAACGUCUGGCUCGUGCUCUACACGUGGCUACAGCAUACCGACACAGAUGUGCCCCAUUUGGCUUCUAGUGAGUGGUCUUAUAUCAAGGGGGCAUUUCUUACAAUCGACCGUCCAUAUGGUGCUCUGUUUGACUUCUUGCAUCAUCGCAUCGGUAGCACGCAUGUGGCACACCAUGUUGAAUGUGCUAUCCCUCACUAUAACGCACUCAAAGCGACUGACUCGCUUAAGGCUCAAUUUCCUAGUUUGUAUCUCUACGACUCAACCCCCAUAGCUUCUGCUCUUUGGCGUGUAGCAUCUAAGUGCGUUGCAGUCGAACAGCGGGACACUGGAAGAGACAUAUUGUGGACAUUUUCUGAUAAGAAAAGCCCUCUUCAUAGUACUGCUGCCUCAAACAGCAUUGCAUGAGCUUAUCUUUGCGAAGUAGAAACAUAGAAUCACUUCAUGUUGACAACUUUGACAACAUAUAUAAAUACUAGAUAAAGGCGCAACAUGGAAGUAGAGUUCUAUAAAAGAAAACCUUCUAACGA